UACAAUAUCCAUAGUUACAUUUCGAGAUACAAAAGAUAACAUAUCUUCCUUUCUCUUCAACUCAUCAAGAAAACAUUAGCAAACCAUUAAUUUUAAGUCAUCUUUUUGAACUUUGAAUAUGGAAAAAGUGAUGAAGUUGGGAGCAGAAAGUCCAGUGGUGAUUUUCAGCAUGAGUAGUUGUUGCAUCUCUCACAGCAUCGAAACCCUAAUUCGUAGUUUCGGUGCAAACCCCACAGUUUACGAGCUUGAUGAAAUUCCAAAUGGGAGGGAAAUGGAGAAAGCAUUGGUUGAAUUAGGGUGUAAGCCUAGUGUGCCAGCAGUGUUCAUUGGAAAAGAAUUGGUUGGUGGUUCUAAUGAGAUUAUGAGCCUUAAUUUGAGGGGCAAUAAGCUCAAGCAAUUGCUCAUAAGGGCUAAUGCAAUUUGGGUAUGAAAAAUACAAUAGUUUACAUGUGAGUUUAGAAAAAUAGAUAUAUGUCUAGCUAGUUAUUGAGUAUUUAAUCAACUGGUAGUUGUUGUUGUUCUCUUCUCUCCCAUUGAUUUAUACUUUAUGUACUUGUACACUGAUUUUGAGUAAUAAUAUA